AUGGGUUAUAUUGCUGUGUGCUCUAAGGCCUUAACCCAUGCUCGUUCAACUAGGCAUGCCAAAUUUCAUAAGUCAACUUUCUCAGACAAGAAUUAUCAUAACAUGUACUAUUCUGACAACUGGCCCUCCAUUCUAUUCGCAAUGGCAGGUGGGAUAGUUCUCUGCCUUGGGAACCUUUCUACACAGUAUGCUUGGGCUUUUGUUGGUCUGUCAGUGACAGAGGUAAUCACUUUAAGCAUAACUGUUGUAAUAGGUACAACAUUAAAUUACUUCUUAGACAACCGAAUCAAUAAUGCUGCAAUUCUUUUUUCGGGGGUUGGAUGCUUCCUCAUUGCAGUUCUCUUGGGAUCAGGAGUUCACUCCUCCAAUGCAUCCGAUAAUAAAGCAAAGUUUAUAUAA